UACAUCCCUGGCGUUGCCUUGGCGACGUUCGAUAAACAAACUCGAUUCGUUGUAUUCUGUUCAUUCGAUUGUAAAUUACAUCGAAUAGAGUGUAGAAAAAAAAAUAGUGUUUAAUAUUUAAUAAAAUAUUUUUUAUAUAAGAUAGAAAAUAUCUCUAAUAAGUGUACCUCUAAUAAGUGAAGUAUACGUAAGUUUGCUUCGCUCGAAGAAAACAUCCAUAAAUCUAUGCUAUUUUUUCUUAAAUUAGGUAACCUUACUUGUCAAUGCUAGUCUUAAAAAUACUUGUUAACACUAUUUAAUUUACGGAACGCGACACGAUGCCUUUAUUCUCGAAUAAAUUCUCCCCCAAAAAGACGCCAACUAGGAAAGCAGCGGUUUUUCUAGCAAACAAAAAUUUAAGCCCUAAGCGAAUAGAGAAAGAACUUGGCCCUGAGGUAGGCCCUAUACGUCUUCGGCUUGGUGAUCAAGAAGCCGUUUUCGAGGCUGGCGUAUGGAUUCCAGAAUCUGGUAAGGUAGGAGGUACCUUUAAAGAAAACGAGAAAUUAAAGAAAGAAGUAAAGCGACUGGAGGAGGAGAACAAUUUGUUAAAACUAAAAUUUGACGUACUAUUAGACAUGCUAACACGAACAACCGCCGAGGCUCACUCCCAGAAAGAAGAAUUAGAGAGACUGAAAAAUAAUUUUUCUCACAACAAGAGAAUCGCCGCCUAAGCAUUGUUAAACAUUGUUAAACUUGUGCUUUUUAGAAAUUAAAUAGCAACUGUGAAGUUUGAUCGAAUGCAACAUUUGUUUAAAAAAUUAAUUUCAUAUAUUUUUUGAUUCUGUCCUUAUGAAUAUGUACUUAUGAAGAUAAUGAUAAUUAAGUCUUAGAAAAAAGCCAUUUCUGACACUGUUUCCUUCUAAUUAGGCUUUUUAUAACUCCAGUCUCAAAUAUUAACUGUACAAUAUUUACAAUAUUGUGUCAAAAGAAGUACGUUCGUCAAUCCCUCAUAUUUUCUGGACAUCUAGUCCUUGUAUGACCUGCAAAGGAAUAAUAUAUUAAUAAAGAAAUAAAUUGACACGUACGAUUUGUGUGAACAUCGUAAUAGAUAUAAUUAACACAGACAUAAAAAAUUGUUAUUUUGAAAAAAGUCAAAUAAAUCUGACAAACGAA